GAAAAAACUCAGUUACUUUUCUACGACCGUGGUUCAGAUGUGUGUAAUUGACAUUUGUCGACACAUCCGCGCAGUGAUAACGAGAUUACAUUAUGUUCCGCGCUGCUGCAACACUCAUGAGUAAUGUGGUUUCUUAGCACACGCUCGCAUUUAAACCAUCCCGCACGUCACUUUACUUUAGUUUAGACCACAAACCGUCACGAUGACUCGGAUUUUCUGGGAUACAAUUUUUCUCAUAAGCGGUACUUUUACUUUUACUUCUGUGAUACUCAAUGGUUCCUUCUUUACAUUUGGAGCAGGACCGAGCAAUUCCACAAUAAUUGAAGCCAGCAUUUCUAUCGAUACAAACUCCACUGCUGCUCCUAACACCUCAACAAGCAGCUCUGCAACAACAACUCUCACUUCUAUCGCCCCUGCUACAACAACUAACACGCCUCAAGUUGAAAAUUCCCUCUUUACAUUCGAAGCAGGACUGAUUGAUUCGAUAAACAUAGAAGCCAGCAUUACCAUCCAUACAAAUUCCACUGCUGCUCCAAACGACACAACAAGCAGCUCUGCAACAACCAACAGCAGAAACACAACUACCACUAUCACACAUGCUACAACAACUACCGUCCAUCCAGUUAAAAAGUUUGUGGCAGCCGCUGUCCGGUAUCAUUUCGAUGACUGUCCAGACUCACAUCGCCAUUUCUGCUUCCACGGCACAUGUCGCUUCCUGAUAUUAGAGGAAACACCUGCAUGUGUGUGUCACGAAGGCUUUGUUGGGAUGAGGUGUGAGCAUGCAGACCUGCUGGCUGUCGUAGCAACCAAUCACAGACAGCAGACCGUUGCCACAGUGCUGGUGUUGUGUGUGAUUGGGUGUGUGCUGAUCAUGGUGAUGUGUACACUUUUACACUGCUGGUGGAGGCAGGACUAUCGCAGGCAGAGCCGUGCACAUCACCACAUGACAGAGAAGCAAGGAGCAUCUUGCCAUCCUUCUGAGAGCGUGGUUUGAGAAGACAUCUUGCUGGAUGGAGAGCUCUCUGCAUCCGUCCGGCCCACCAAUCCUCAGGAUUGCAUCCAAAGACUCGUCCAGAGGCAAAGCAGCGUUAUCGUCCAUGUGGCUGAGCGAGGCCAGCUGGAUGUGGGAGGAUAAAUGUUCAGGGCCAUUUUUCCCACUGACUGGGCCCUUUGACCUACAGCACGGUAGGACGUGUUUACUUCUCUCUUCGAACCUGUAGACGUACACACAGAACUGCAACAGUCUGUUUGAAGCUCUGAGGAUGAAGUGGCUGCCUACAUGGGGAGGGUCCCAUGUGUCCUGAUGUCGGUUUGUGGCCUAGAGGACCCGGGAAUGAUCUACGAGGCCAAUAAGCAUCCUGUGUGGAAGUCCAUUUGGAAAAGUGAUAUGUCUGGGCUGUGGGAGAACAAUAAUCCAUUUCAAUCAGAAAACUCUGAUUCCCAUUUCUGUCUUUUAAUAACUUUGAGCACUUUUCAUCAGAACUCUACAAGCACAUAGGACAUUUAAAAAAAAAUGGUGGUGUUGGAAAACUGAUGCUUAAGAAAAAGUUUUAGUUUUAGUGUCCAUUUUUAAAGAAGGAACUCACUUCACAUGACGGAAUGGUAAUAAGGAAAGACUGCUAAUGGAUUUAAAGCCCUGGACUUCAAUCAGUAAUAAUACACACAGGACAUACAAAAUGAUUUGAUGACUCCGGUUUGUCUACUGAAGCUGAAAUAUUAGUUUUAUUUUUUAAUCCUGAGCUGUACUUGAAGGUGUUCAUGCAUCAGAGGUGUUUUAAUUUGCAAGCUAUAACUGUACCACAUUCCUAUUGUAUUGUUGCACUUUUCUACAUGCUUGCUUAAUGUUCAUAAAAAAACUGCACUUACUGUACAAUGUAGUCGCUUGAAAAAGUGUCAACAUAUAGAGAGAUGCCAAAUACACUUUGCCUGAAUGAGCACUAAAGGGACAGGCCCUCAGUUUGUACACAUAAACCUGCAUGCAUGCUCUUAAAUCACUGCUUGUAUUUUUAAAAACACUAAACACUUUUUAUUUGAAAAGUGGUGUUUUAUAGCAUUGCGUCUGCUUUGAAUUUAAAUACUUUUAAAGAGAAAGCGCCUCUGAGGGUUAAUUUAAAACAAGAUAUUUAAGAUCUUCUUUAAAAAACUGGAAUAAUACAUAAUAUUGUUGCUAACUGACUCCAAUGUAAAGUUUGUAUGCGUUUUUUGUGUUAUAAAAGUAACAACAAAAUGAAUGUGAUGUGGUAUUUAUAUGCCAAAUCGAGGGGAGGACACUUUGUUUACAGUACGCGGUGACAUUUCCAUUCAGAAUAUGUUAAAGUUUGUUAUUAUGAGUAGAUGUGUAAAUGUAUGGUGUCGGU